AUGACCGUAGCAAGCACAAACGGCGCCUCGAAUGGCAACGGCCACGCCGAGGCUCACACCUCUACGGGCUUCUCGACCAAGGCAAUCCACGUCGGUUCCGAGCCAAAUGCAGCCACGGGCGCUGUCAUCCCACCCAUCAGCUUGAGCUCCACGUUCGCCCAGGAUGGUAUUGGCAACCACAAGGGCUACGAAUACUCUCGAUCCGGCAACCCGAACCGCGACUCGUUUGAGCGCGCGCUCGCUGCUCUCGAAGGUGGCAGCCGCGGUCUUGCCUUCUCAUCCGGCUCUGCGGUCACAGCGACGGUGCUCAACUCGAUGCCGGCUGGCUCGCACAUUGUCAGCGUCAACGACGUGUACGGAGGCACGUACCGCUACUUUACCAAGGUGGCCACCGUCUCACAGGGCAUCCAGACCAGCUUUGUCGAGAUGGACGGUGCCGAGGCCGAGGUGAGCGAGCGUGUCAACGCUGCCAUCCGCAAGGAGACGUCGCUCGUCUGGAUCGAGACCCCCACCAACCCCACACUCCGCGUCGUUGAUAUCCCACUCAUUGUUAAGCUCGUCCGAAACCACCCCAAUGCCAGCAAGGAUAUCAAGAUUGUCGUCGACAACACCUUCAUGAGCCCAUGGUUCCAGAACCCUUUGGCUCACGGCGCAGAUCUGGUGAUGCACAGUGUCACCAAGUAUCUCAACGGUCACAGCGAUGUGGUCAUGGGUGCGGCUGUGACCAACGACGAGGCAUGGGCAGACCGUAUCGCGUUUUUGCAGAACAGCAUCGGCGCCAUUCCUUCGCCGUUCGACUGCUGGCUGGCACUGCGCGGCCUCAAGACGCUCGCACUACGCAUGAAGGCGCACGGCGAGUCUGCCCUCGCCAUUGCGCAUUUCCUCGAGGCGCAUCCAUCCGUUGAGACCGUCAUCUACCCCGGUCUUCCAUCGCACGCCGGUCACGAGGUGGCACGACGACAAAUCUCGAAACGCGCUGCUGCCGCAGGGCCGACUGCCUCCAACGGUGCGUUCGCUUACGGUGGCAUGAUCUCGUUCCGCAUCAAGUCGGAUCCGGCUGAUGACGGCCCCGCCGACAAGCUGCUCUCGAACCUCAACGUCUUCACCCUCGCCGAGUCGCUUGGCGGUGUCGAGAGCUUGAUCGAGCUGCCCUCCAAGAUGACCCACGGCUCGGUAGCGCUCGAGGACAGGAUCAAGAUCGGCAUCGGUCACAACCUCAUUCGUGUGAGUGUGGGUAUCGAAGAGACCGCCGAUCUGAUCCAGGAUCUCGAACGCGGUAUUAAGGCUGCUGGUCUCUGA